AUGAAAAAUCGGGUGUACUUAUUAGUUGAUGAUAAGUUGUUUAAAUUAAAGGAAUUAUACUUUUGUGUUAUAUGUUCUGAAAUUAAAAAUGAUUAUAAUAUAAAGAACGAAAUUGAAUAUUAUUUUUGUAAUGGAUGUACACAAAUAUAUAGUGUUAAUGAAAGCUCUUUUUAUUCGUAUCAAUGUUUAAGAUGUUUUCAAUGUCCAUUUUGUUUCAGCACGUUAAUAACAUGUCAUGAAUUAGUAGACGAAACAAAAAAUAAUAUAAACCAUGAGGAAUGUUAUAAUAGUAGUGAUAAUGUGAAAAAUAGUUUCUCUGAAGAAGAAAUAGAAUUAGUAAAUAAAAGUAAAAAAAAAAACAAGAAAAUAUAUACUGAUGAAAAAGAUACAUUACAUAAUGAAUCCAUAAAUCAUAAUAAAAACAAUAUGAAGAAUAUGUUUUAUUUUAAAUGUCCCUAUUGUUUGUGGUCAUCUAUUAAUACAGUUUGUAAACCUAAGCUUGAAGAUUUGAUAGCGGAUAUGAUAAAUUUGGAAAAAAAAAAUAAUGUGUUCAGAUUAGAAUUUGAAAAUAUAUUAGAUGAAUUUAUGAAAUAUAAUGAAGAAUUAAAGAAACAAAAUAAAAAAAAAAAUAAAAUAAAAAAUUAUGAUCAAAGAAAAUUAAAUCUAACAAUAAAAAAAAGGGAUUAUGUAAAAUCAGAAUAUGAUGGAAAUAAUAAUGGACCACUCGAAUUAAAAAAUGAUCAUUCGACUUUUCACCUUAAUAAUAAUGAUAACAAUAAUGAUAAUGAUAAUAUUGAUAAUCAUAAUAAUAAUACAUUAAUAUGUAAUAAGUCAAAUAUAAAGAUAGAGAAGAUAAAAUUGAAUGACAUUUUAAAUGAUGAACACGUCAAAUUAAAAAAUAAUUUUCCUAAUAUAUAUGAAAUACAAAAUGAUAAUAUAACUUUUUUGAAAUCAACUUGUUUGCAUUACUUUGAUGAGCAUAUGGAAAGUGAGUUAAAUAAACAUAUGAAUGAUAAGGAAAAUUGCCUAAAUGAUGAAACCUGUAAUGAAUAUAAUAUAAAAAAAAAUAACAUAAUGGAGUAUAAGAAAUUACCUAAUAUAAUUAUUGAUUCUGGGAAAUAUCCUUCACUUGAACAUACAUAUAUAUAUCCAUAUAAUUAUUACAAAGGUUUUGAAGAAUUAAAACCACUCAGAAAAAAAUUAUUGUGUAAACAAUCAAAAAGAUGUACUGGUUGUAAACAGCACGUAGUGAAAUUGCAUAAUAAUACUAAUUUGGGUUCUACCUAUCGGCUUAAUAAUAAUGCUUUAAAAUUCAUACCAAGAAUAUAUAUUAAUGAUUUUAAAUUAAUAAAGAAAGAAAAUGGAAUACUUAAUUUUAUUUUAAUCAAUCCUCUUGAAGAAGAAAUGAAUAUAAAACUAUUACCAGAAAUAGAUUAUCAAUUUUUAAAAAGUCUACAUAUAAAUAAUAUACAAGCUAAUUGUUUAUCUAAUAGCCACGAACCUUAUGAAUUUUAUCUUAAUACCUAUGAUGAAAUUAUAGAUGAAUUGAUUAAGGAUGAUGAACAAAAUAAUAUUACUAAUGUUAUAACCACGAAACAUACAAUUAUAAAAAAGCAAAAUAACAUGGCCUUAAUAAUAAUGACUUUUAUAUAUAAUGACCAAAUAAUGAAUUCAAAUACAUAUAAGGAAGAUAAAAAUAAUAAUCAUGAUAUAAAUUAUAUGCCCAAUCAAAAUAUUACUAAUUCAUUAGACAAAAUUGAAAAAUUAAAUUUUCCUAUAAUUCUUGAAUGCUCUUUUUCAGAUAAGUCCAAAAAAAAUCAUAAAUUAAAAUUAAACCUUCUUUUUACAAAUAAUAUUCAAACGAAAAUAUUCCAUCAAUAUGCUCUUAAUUAA